CCGAUGCCGACACUACGGACGCCAACGCUAUGGCAUCGUUCCCUCCCCGCUCUUCUUUACUGCGACUACCGGAGGAAUUGCGCAUCGAAGUCCUGAAGCACCUUGAUGUGAAGUCUCUCAUACGCUGCCGACUGGUAUGCGCGGCGCUCCGGGACCUCGUGAAAGAGUCCCUGCAGCUCCAGUACAACAUCGAGCUCGCCGCGGACGGUCUAGUCGACGGCACCGGAUCCUCUCUGUCUGUCGCCGAACGCUACAAGUUGCUCCUCGAACGGCGCAGGCGGUGGCGCUACCUCGACUGGAAGAGGGUCGACACCUUCUCUGCUCCAGCCGCGUGCCAGGCCUACGAACUCGUCGACGGCGUGUUCGCGUCAUCCAGGGGGUUUGGCUUCCUGGGCUCGCGCCACCUCGCGAUCACACGACUGCCGACGCUGGAGGAAGGCGUGCAGCACGUCGAAAGGGACGACAUUGGAUUCACGGCGCGCGACUUCGCUAUGGAUCCGUCGCAGGAUUUGAUUGCGCUGGUACUCACCGACGGGGUAACAGGUGAUGAAGACAACAAGAUCCUGGUCCGCCUCCACACGCUCAGCGGCAACCGUCCACACCCAGAGGCUGCCAUACCGGAGCUCAGCGUAUCUAUACCAUCUGGGCACUACGACCGCGCAUUCAUCCAGGUCUUCGAUGAUGUCGUCGGCAUGUUUUUCUGGAUGCAUGAUCCUGCCCUCGUCAUCUGGAACUGGCGUACGGGGAAGAUCGUCGUGAACUGCGUCGAUUCAGGUCUCCCCAGCGGCGCAUACGACUGUUCGUUCCUCUCAAGCCGCGCCUACAUGAUCACCACGACCGCCGCGGCGGGUGCCAUCGCGAUAUACACGUUCAGCGGCGACGUCGACGCCUCGUCUUCACCAGCACCGCCCACGCACGUCGCCCAGCUGCAGCUGCCGCCCGUCAAGCCAGGCCAAGACCCGAUCCGGUUCUACACGCACUCGGCGCCGUCCGUCGCGCGGCCCACGCCUGGACGCCCGUUUGAGACCUCCGGCGACUGCAGGCUGCACGUCAUGGAACUCAACUACGGCGAGCGCACCGUGCGCUUCAACCUGUUCCUGCGCAGCACCACGCUGCUCGCGUACAUCCCCCCAGGCGUAGGCUCGGGCGCGUCGUUCACGCCCGCGGUGAAGGCGUGGGACGAGUGGGGCCCGGACAACACGCGCUUCUGGCCGAUCAUGGGCGGUUUCCAGUGGUUGAGAUACGUGCACGGGGAGCGCAUCGUCCUCCCAGCGAUGAUCCACGGCAUGCCGAUCCUGGCUGGCACGACGACGAUGAUGAUGUACGACUUCCACGUGCACCCUAAGCGGCUGGACGACCCGUGCCCGCUGACCCUCCGGACGGACAGCGCCAUCGCGGAUCUGGUCACGGAGGGCACGCCCAUCGUUGCGGACGCGGUGUUUGUGGCCCCGGUGGUGACGCGUCUGCCGUUCAUGAUGGUGCGCAAACAGCGGGCGGUGCUGAACCCGGACUAUUCUGGGUUUAUGAUCGAUCAUGAACAUCUGGUCGGGAUGCGGGACGUGGAUUUAGAUAUCCCGGAUAUGGAAUUUGACUCCACCGACAUGAACGUGGACGUCUUCACGUUCUGAAUAUAGAGGUCGUAUCUUAGAGCUGCGCUCGUCGUUGCUCGUCGGGGAAUCAUGCUGUAGAAUAGGUAGAUUUUGAAAUAUACC